AUGACAAAAAUUGAAGAACUAGAAAAAAUUUUUGAGCGCGUGUUCAACUUAACAGACGAGUUUUAUCAAUCCGAAGUGAAAGAUUUGGAGAUAGAUUUGCCCUUCGUAGUUGCGGUAGGUGACCAGUCGUCCGGAAAAAGCAGCGUCCUGAGCAGCCUCGCCCAAGUGCAACUUCCCGUAGGGGCGGGCACGGUUAGCAAGUUUCCGCUGAAAAUAGUAUCUAGGAAAUCAAAUGAGCCUCAUUACUCAUUAUCUUCAAAAGUUAGUAACAAAGAAAGUGUCAAAUUGGAGGAUUUGAAUGACGUUACAACAGAAAUUGGUAAUCUUGCGGAGCAAUUAGCACCUGAAAAUGGCUUCAGCUUUGACGAAGUGACACUAAACUUGCAAGACCCUAGAGCUCGGAACGUGACGUUUGUGGACUUGCCCGGAAUCAUUCACGCACCGGCCAAGAACCAGCCAAAACAUACCGUUAAAGAAGUUAAGGACAUGACUUUGCGUUAUAUUGAACAAGAGAAUGCAAUUGUAUUGUGUGUCGUGGAUCUGACCAAAGAUUUACAACUGAAUGCAAUUUUCCACCUAUUCGAAGGUAUCGAUGAAGAGGGCGAGAGGACUAUAGUUGUUUUCACGAAAAUCGACCAGGUAAAAAAGGAAAAGCUUAAAGUAAUUAUGGAUGAAGUUGAAAACAAACAAAAUUUUCACGUGUACAAGCACUUUUUCUUUGUUAACUCGGCAAUCGAAAUAGAGAAUAAGUACUUCAAGGACGAAAUAUACAAAGAAAACAUAAUACCAAAGGAAAACUGCACUGUGAAAAAACUGUAUUUCAAAGUUUGCGACAUUAUGAUCAAGCAAGUGUUUGCCAGCUUCUCAGUCAAUUGGAAAGUCGUCAAAAACUUUGAAGUACAAACUUCGGUUGACCUUCAGCUGCUGUCAAGUGAACUGGGUAACUGGGAUAAAAGUGACAUCCUAGGCCUCAUAAUUGACGCAAUUCGAGACUUCCUCGGGGGAAAAUUCAACACCGAUGUUGAAAAAGAUGACGUUUUCUCGGAAUAUCGCCAAUGCUAUAGAGAGUUCAGAAAAGAAUUUCAGGACGCAAUGAAAAGCAAGAUGUGUGAGGAAAAGUUAAACAGCCAGCUCGUUGAAAAACUUCGGUGGGAUGAACCUCUAAAUUUUCAUAACUGGGACAGUUUCAAAGGAUACUUCUGGAAAAUUCUAGAAUGUUACAAGGCGCCGGCCCAGAAGUGCCAAGCUAAAAUACGAAUGAUAAAUGAGCAUUCGAUAUCUGAAAUCAUUGAAUCGAUGUUGCCUGGUCAACAUAAACACAAGGAGUUUCUGAUGAAUGAAAUUUUAAUCAUAUUCAACAAAAUGGGCGCGGAGCUGGAUGAAGAUCUACGCAAAAUGCAUGAGAAGGAGAAGCUCAUGUUCGUUGACGACGAAUUGUUUGCUAGCACUCUGGAGACUUUGAAAUCGGCAACCAGGAAAGAAGUAAAAACAGUCGACAAUAAGAUCGAAACCUUCGCAGGUGAUGUUCUUGAGGGAGCAGGAGAAAUUGCCAAAGCAGUAAUUAAAGAAAGUCACCCACUUGCAAAGGUAGGCGUGGAAAUAGCUGAAACACUGGGAUCAAAAAGCGAUCAACCAGAAGAAGAAAAACCUGAAAAAUUUGCUCUGAAAACUUACGAGCAAACAACAGCAGCACUUCAGAAAAUCACUCUGGACAGGCUUUGCACAGCGGUUCCAUCAACUAUUCGCUACUACCUGAAUGAAUGUGUCAGAGUAAAGAUUCAGCAAAUUGUCAAAAAAGACAGUGAGUUUCAAAAACUUCCUUGGGAGUUGUCAGAGAAAGAAAGGCGACGUGAGGAGCUUCGGAGGCAGAAAAAAAUGAUCGAGCACUGGGAAGAAGAGCUUGAAAAUUUGAGAAAAGAUUAUGAGAGGGCACUUCGUCCUAUUUCGGCUUCAUCCAGUGAUCACUAA